AUGCUUCGAUGGACAAGGUUCACUCGUGCACGACUGCCACUGCGGUCUCGUAGCACGAGUCGUCCACUUUAUACGAUACAGCCAGCAAAUGGCUUUCAAUCUAGUUUUAAGUCGCAAGAAUUGUCCAAGAAAAGCGCACUCGUUGUUGCAGCUGGUGCAGCAUUAGUCGCCGCUAUGGGAAUACUAGGGACAAAUGCGGCGUUCACAGAACAUCAUCACGAGUUUGUCAACUGGUCAGCUACACAAAAAUGUCGUCCAAAGAACUUUUAUGUACCUGAGACAGUGGAAGAAGUGGAAAAGUUACUGAAGAUGUACCACGAGAAGAAGCAGAAAUUACGAUGCAUGGGCGCUGGUGUCUCGCCUAAUGGAUUGGGCUUUUCUGAAAAAACACAGGGUAAAAGUACCGUUAAUGAAGCUCUCAUGACAAUGGCAAUGAUGGAUAAAAUUAUAAACGUUGAUACAGAAAAGAAGCAAGUGGCGGUGGAAACUGGUAUGAUUGUUGGUGAGCUCCUGGACAAAUUACGCAGCUACGGUCUUACCAUGCAAAACGUUGCAUCGAUCCGUGAUCAACAGGUUGGUGGUAUCUGUCAAGCAGGAUGUCAUGGAACGGGAGCAGGUAUUCCGCCAAUUGACGACCAAAUCGUUGAAAUGGAGAUUGUGACCCCAGCGAAGGGGAAAAUGACACUGAGUGCCACGCAGAAUCCUGAACUCUUUUCAUUGGCCAAGUGUGGCCUUGGAGCACUUGGUGUUGUAACCAAAGUGCUGCUGCAGUGCGUGUCUACUCACAAACUUGUUGAAAAGACUACUGUGAUGACGCUGGACGAAAUCCGAAAGAAUCACAACCGCUGGCUUGUAGAAUUUCAGCACCUACGCUACAUGUGGAUUCCGUACACGGACGCGAUUGUUGUAGUGCAGUGCCGUCGUGCUAACGACGACGAAAUACUUGACGAAAAGCUGUUCCCACCGGUGAAGCACAGUGACGAGGUGCGUAUGGAGGCCCCUAGGAAGUUGUACUUGGAGCUGACAAAGGGAAAGCCAGAGCCAGACUAUCUCGACUGGAGUUUCAUGAAGAUGCGUGAUAAAUUGCUUGAGAUCAACCCGCUGGACAAAAAGCAUGUCAUUCGUGUGAACGAAGUGGAAAAGCAGUUCUGGAAGCUCAGCGAAGGUUAUCGUGUUGCGUACUCGGAUGACAUCAUUGGCUUUGACUGCGGCGGUCAACAGCUUGUAGAAGAAGUCGCGUUUCCGUGCAAUGGCACGCAGGAGCUAGAUUUCAUGGAGAAGCUUCUUGAGCGGAUUGUCGAAAAAGACAUUCCUGCGCAUUCACCGAUCGAACAGCGCUGGACAGCUCGCAGCACUUCGUUGAUGAGCCCUGCGUCAUCUUCCAAUCCGAAUCAGAUUUUUUCGUGGGUGGGUGUGAUUUUGUACUUACCAACCACGGAGAAGGAGGUACGUCAGUCCAUCAGAAACCGCUUUACGGAGUUUUACGCAAUGUAUCGCGAUUUCAUGGAGCCGUUCGGAGCGACAGAGCACUGGGCAAAAAUUGAGUGGCCUGAGGAUGCUGCCGAACGCCAAAAGAUGCGCGAUCGUCUAAGCAAGAGAUACCCGCUUGACAAGUUCAAGAAGGCUCGCGACGAGGUGGACCCGCACCAUAUCCUCUCAAACCACAUUGUUGACGAGAUGUGUGCUUGA